AUGCGGGGGCCGGGGCGCCCGCUCCUCCUGGGGCUGCUGCUCGUGCUGGGGGCGGCGGGGCCCGGCCGGGGGUUCGCGGAGCCCCGGGAGGCCGCCGACCGGCAGACGGUGCUGCGGCUCAUCGCGGAGAUCGUCCAGGAGCUCAGGCGGUACCACUCGGGGGAGGCCAAGAGGCUGCAGCUCCUGGGCCAGCAGGAGGUCUCGGACUUCGGGCUGUUCCCCGAGGAGCAGCGAGCCGAAAUUGUGCCUCGAGACCUAAGGAUGAAGGACAAGUUUUUAAAGCAUCUCACAGGCCCCCUCUACUUCAGCCCCAGGUGCAGCAAGCACUUCCACAGGCUGUACCACAACACCAGAGACUGCACCGUCCCCGCAUAUUACAAGCGCUGUGCCAGGCUCCUGAUGCGACUCGCGGUCAGCCCCGUGUGCCUGGAGGGGUGAGCACAGUGGCAGCGGCAGCGGUGCCCCGUGACCCUCAGCUGCCAGCAGAGCGGCCCUGCCCCUGGCUGACUGGGCCUGCAGACGGCAACGGCGCCGUGACCGUGUCCAUAGGGCCGCACCGCAGAGACCUCAAGAAGUGCCUUGACCCACGGGACUACCCACUACCUUGACAAACACGCCGCGCGAACAAGAGCUUUAUUUUUGCGGACUCCCCCAUGGCGCCGCAGAUGCCCGCUGCAGGCGCUGCCCGGCGAGCCAGUGGGGCACCCAGGCCUGGCCUGCCUGCUGCGCCAGGCCGCUCCCAGCGAGGAGUAUUUCUUAGAAACAAGCAGAAUCAAACUCUAUUUUCAUAAGGCAUAGGGUAUGGUUUAAUAUUUUGUAUUACUUUACAAUGAAACCCCCACACUAUUAUCUGGAACUGCGAAGAAGCGCCCUCCAGCCCGUCUCUGGGACAGUGGGCGGCGCUGCUGGGUCGUGCGCUGCCGCUGCUCCCACUGCGGGGCAUCCGCACGGGAAUAAAACAGCUUCUGUUAAAGUGCAUUCUUCCA